GACGGCUCUGAUAAUUUUUCUUUUUCUUUUAUUGCAGCUGCAGGUAUUUGGAUAGGGUGCGACUGCGAAGCACAACUCGAAAGUCGAAAGCUCACUGCAAAUUGAGCUCGGUUCGGACUACAAAAGAAUGGCCACGACCACAAUCUCAGUUCCCUUGAUUCGUACAUCUGCAAAUCAUCGUACAUUUGUCCCCGUUCCAUUUCUGGCGCUACCCCUUCGAAACCUCCACCUCCGAACCCAUGCCGUUUCCAACUCCUUCAACCAUUUCACAUUCGAGAAGAAGAACACGAAGACGACGAACAUGAAACAGCCCUUAAUAAUAGUGAGGUCUGCGGAGGAAGAAACUGUACCGAUUCCAGAGGAACAACCAGAAGCACAGCAACAGGAAGAAGAAGGAGAAGCACCGUCGUCGUCAUCAGAGCAACCACCCGUUUCGGUUCCCGUUUCCCCAUCUGACACCCUUAUCAUGUUCUUUCAGGCAGAGGGAACACUGAGCGAAACAGCUAUUCCUAAUGUGACCAAGGCAUUAGAGGAAGCGGAGGGCAUCACUAGUUUGAAAGUUCAAGUUGUUGAGGGUAUUGCAAGUGUUGAGUUGACAAAACAGACAACAGUACAAGCUACAGGAGUGGCUUCCAGUUUGGUUGAGACCAUACAAGGUUCGGGGUUCAAGCUACAAACUUUGAAUUUGAGUUUUGAAGAUGAAGAGUAUUCCCUUGCCUAGAAAUUAUAUGUUGAUUUUGAAAAAAAUAUAUUAGAAAACUCAUACAAGGAAGCAAUUUAUCCUUGAGCUGUGGGAUCUUGGUAUGUAGGCAUCUGAUUGGGCUUUUACCGAGUUGCUUUGUUGCUGGUUCGUAUAUGGUGGUGGUGGUGGUGAACUCAUUGUAUUGCUGAAAAGAUGUUAAUGAUAUUACUUUACCUGGAUCAAUUUCAAAUUUGAGUUUCCGAAA